GGCAAUGUAUAACUUCAGUCCUGUUCGCACACGAGUUGGACAUGUGGUUUGAAACAUAUUACGCGCUUAGAUUUUAGUUAAAUAGGGCAACGAAGCUCCUUGCAUCGGCUUACUAGCUACCUUCUCUGUCUCCUCAUUCUUCUUCUCUUCUAAUCCAUCAUUCGAUAAACUGCAAUUCGUCUCUGAUGAGAAUGGAUGAGGCGACUACGGCAUUCGUGUCGGACGAUGAGUCUUCAGUCAAGUCCGACGAUUGCUUAGGGUCGAAUCGCGUAAAGUAUCUGUACAGCUAUGGAGGGAAGAUUCUCCCUCGAUCCGCCGACGGGAAGCUCCGCUACGUUGGCGGCGAAACGAGGGUCAUGGCUGCCAACAGAAACAUAAGUUUUGCAGAUCUUAUUGCGAAGAUGGCAGAGACAGUGGGUUUCGAUGUGUUGCUCAAGUGCCAGUUGCCUGGCGAAGACCUUGAUGGUCUUGUCUCCAUUAAAUCUGAUGAAGAACUGGACAGUAUGUUAGAGGAAUAUGACAGGCUUCCAACCAAAUUGCGGGUCUUUUUGUUCCAGAAACCCGCCAAUCCAUGUCGAGCAGUUGCGCUGAACGGCCUAUCAAAGCCACCAGUGGCGGCCAGUCGAAGGGUCGAUCGGGGCAGCGGUGGUCACAUGAAGGGCGAAAGGACGACUAUUUGCCCAACGCCGCGUAUCUCGCAGACGCUGGAGGGCUUGGUAAAGCAUUCCUGUAUGGCCCUCCAUACCCUGCCUCGGACUCGAUUUGUGCGGAAAGCAGGAAAGGAAUCAUCAUAUAGGAAAACAGCAGCUUUUAACUGCAUAUCAAAAAAUCUUUACCAGGAAGUAGGCUUAGCAGGCUACCGCGUGCAUCCACAGUUCUUUGUCCAGUUUUAGAGCAUUCUACUCACAGGUUUUUGUGAGUUUCCGACAUGUACUUUAUAUAUAUGUAAAAGAAAGCCCCCACUAUUCUACCUAAAUUUCUCAGAGCAUGCUUGAUUUCUUGCA